AUGUUAGGUAAGCAUAGAAAAAGAAAGAUUAAUCCUCCACUUUUUCCUAUUCAUCCAAAUGAGGAAAAAAAAAAAAAUUUGAAUAAUUUUAUAACAUACAAGGAUUUAAAAAUAAGAUGGAGAAAUACCAGUAAAAAUUAUAGAAAAAAAGUAACAAUAGCUAGAAAGUGGAAGAAUUUGCAUUGCCUCCUUCCAUCAAAUAAAAAUUCCUGUAUUUUUAUUUUACAUAAGAAUUUACCAUUUACUCGAUUUAAAAAAAAUAAUAGCAAUCUUGAAAAGGAUAACAUAAAUAUUUCUCUUAAAAAUAAAAUUAAUGAAGAAGUACCACAGGAUAAUUCUUCUAUUUUAGUUAAAGGUGACAAUGAAACUAUAGUAAAAAAAAAUUAUAUUAAUUAUGAUCUUAAAGAAAAAAAUAAUAAAAUGGGAAGAAGAAGAAAAAUAAAUAAUAUAUUAAUGAUAAAACGACCAGGAAAAAAGGAUGAGGAAGAUGAAGAGAAGGAGAAUUCAAAUUUAUUUAAUCAAGAGAAAAUACAUAUAGAAGAACAAAAUUAUUAUGAAAAACCUCCAAAAGAAUUGGAAUAUUUACUUAAUAAUGAUAAAAAGGAUAUGUUCUGUAUUUUUAAAUCCAACUUCAUUAACGAACAUAAAGUAACAAUAGGUGAUAUUGUACAAACUGAGAGACUACAUAGAAAAAAAGCUGGUGAUAUUGUAUAUUUUGGUACUGUUCUUUUUGUAGGAACAAAAAACUUUUCUAUUAUCGGUAAACCAACUGUUCCUUAUUGUAAAGUAAAAGCUGUCAUUGAGCAAAUUACUUUGAGUCAAGAAAUUUUAAGUUUUCGUUAUAAAAAAGUUAGAAGAUCAAGUAGAUUUCUACGAAUAAAGCAUUGGAUAACUAUUUUGAAAAUUGAAGAUAUUAUCAUUGAUUUGAAAAACGAAAUAAAAGAUGAGAGAAUCAAACCAUUACAAAUUCUUGACUUGUGGUCUAAUAGAUGGUUAUAUCAAAAAGAAUUAAAUUUUAUUAAAUUUGAUGAAAAUAAAAAACCAUUAGCUGAAAGAAUUUAUAAUUUAAUUGAACAUCAACCAAACACACUACAUAGAAGAGGAUUAACAGAAUGUUACAGAUUUUAUCCAGAUCCUUAUAUUCCUCAAAGUUAUUAA